AAACGAUUUUAAUCGAGAAAAAAAUAAAACAUAAAAGCCGCUUUUUAUUAAUUAAUUAAAUAUCUAGUUGAAAUGGACGCAGAUCUGUAUGAUGAGUUUGGUAAUUAUAUUGGACCGGAUUUAGAAAGUGAAUCAGAAGAAGAGGAUUUCGAGGAACAAGACCAAGAUGACGAUGGAAUCGACGAUGAGGCUGAAAUGGAUGUUGAUGAUGAGGAUAAGACAUCCAAAGCAAUUGUAUUGCAUGAAGACAAGCGAUAUUAUCAGACAGCAAUGGAAGUUUAUGGAAAGGAUGUCGAAACCAUUGUUCAGGAAGAAGAUGCACAGCCACUAGACAAGCCAUUGAUUGAACCAGUCCGAAAAGUUAAGUUCCAGUUGAAAGAACAGGAUUUACCAGACACGACUUAUUCAAUGACGUUUUUAACUGAUUUAAUGGAUACACCGGCAUUAAUCAGAAAUGUUGCUUUAAUUGGACAUUUGCAUCAUGGAAAGACAUCAUUCAUUGACUGUUUAGUUCGUCAAACACAUCCACAAUUUAGGGAUAUGGAAGAACGUAAUUUAAGAUUCACAGAUACACUGUUAACAGAGCAAGAAAGAGGAGUAAGCAUAAAAUCAACGCCUGUAACUUUAGUGCUACAAGAUGUUCGUGACAAAAGCUACUUAAUGAAUGUCUUUGACACUCCUGGACAUGUCAAUUUCUCAGAUGAAGUUACUGCUGGUAUGAGAUUAGUAGACGGAGUAGUUUUAUUCGUUGAUGCUGCUGAAGGAGUCAUGCUUAAUACCGAAAGAUUACUCAAACAUGCAAUCCAAGAGAAUUUAGCAGUCACUGUUUGUAUUAACAAAAUCGAUCGGCUCAUAUUGGAACUUAAGUUACCUCCACAAGAUGCUUACUUCAAACUGAAGCACAUAAUUGAUGAAAUCAAUGGAUUAAUCACACUAUAUGGCAACACAAAUCCACAACUUUCUCCAAUCGUUGGAAAUGUCUGUUUUGCAAGUUCAUUGUAUGGAUUCUGUUUUACAUUAAAAUCAUAUGCGAAACUUUAUGCCGACACUUAUCCAGGAGUUUCAGCUACGGAAUUUGCAAGAAGACUUUGGGGUGAUAUGUAUUUUAAUGCUAAAACUAGAAAGUUCUCAAAGAAACCAGCUCAUGGAUCAGCACCAAGAAGUUUCGUUGAAUUCAUUUUGGAACCAAUUUAUAAGCUUUUCGCACAAGUCGUUGGUGAUGUCGAUGGAACUCUUGCAGACACUUUAUCGGAGCUUAAUAUAAGAAUAACGAAAGAGGAAAUGAGAAGCAAUAUAAGACCAUUAUUGAGACUUAUAUGUAAUCGAUUCCUUGGUGAUUUUACAGGCUUUGCUGACAUGUGUGUUGAGCAUAUUCAAUCACCAGCAGAUAACUCAAAAAAUAAGAUUGAGCACAUUUAUACUGGUCCAAAAGAAGGUGUCAUUUAUGAGGAUAUGCUUGAUUGUAAUCAAGAUGGAAAUCUUGUUGUUCACAGCACUAAAAUGUAUCCGAGAGAAGAUUGUACAAUUUUCUUAGUUCUUGCACGAGUUAUGAGUGGAACUUUAUAUAAAGGACAAGAAGUUCGAAUCCUUGGAGAGAAUUAUACACUGCUUGAUGAAGAAGAUUCUCGUAUUGUUCAAGUUGGACGAUUGUGGGUUUAUGAGGCGCGCUAUAAAGUUGAAGUAAAUCGAGUUCCAGCUGGUAAUUGGGUAUUAAUUGAAAGCAUUGAUCAAAGUAUUGUCAAAACAUCCACAAUUGUCGAUGUGAAUGUAAAAGAAGAGUUGUACAUCUUCAGACCAUUAAAGUUCAAUACACAGAGCAUCAUUAAAAUUGCUGUCGAGCCUGUAAAUCCAUCAGAAUUGCCAAAAAUGUUGGAUGGCUUGAGAAAAGUCAAUAAAUCGUAUCCAUUGCUUGGAACUAGAGUCGAAGAAUCAGGCGAGCAUGUCAUUUUAGGAACAGGAGAACUAUACCUCGAUUGUGUCAUGCACGACUUGAGAAAAAUGUAUUCAGAAAUUGACAUUAAAGUCGCAGAUCCAGUUGUGUGCUUUACAGAGACAGUUGUCGAGACUAGUUCUCUUAAAUGCUUCUCUGAGACACCAAAUAAGAAGAACAAAAUCACAAUGAUUGCUGAACCUCUUGAAAAAGGCUUGGCUGAGGAUAUUGAGAACGAAGUUGUCUCGAUUAAUUGGACAAAAAAGAAAAUUGGUGAAUUUUUUCAGACUCAUUACGAUUGGGAUUUACUUGCAGCCCGUUCAAUUUGGGCUUUUGGACCUGACAAUUGUGGAGCUAAUAUUUUAGUUGAUGACACAUUACCAUCGGAAGUAGACAAGUCACUUUUGGGAUCAAUUAAAGACUCAAUUGUUCAAGGAUUUCAAUGGGGUAGUCGUGAAGGUCCAUUAUGUGAAGAACCGAUUAGAAAUGUCAAGUUUAAGAUCCUUGAUGCUGUUAUAGCGAACGAACCAAUUCAUCGAGGUGGUGGUCAAAUUAUUCCAACAUCCAGGAGAGUUUCAUAUUCUGCAUUCUUAAUGGCCACUCCAAGAUUAAUGGAACCUUAUUUAUUCGUUGAAGUUCAAGCUCCUGCUGAUUGUGUCUCGUCUGUCUAUACAGUAUUGGCUAAAAGACGUGGACAUGUCACACAAGACGCUCCAAUUCCUGGAUCACCGCUGUACAUCGUGAAAGCAUUCAUUCCUGCUAUUGAUUCAUUUGGUUUUGAGACAGAUUUGAGAACGCAUACACAAGGACAAGCUUUCUGUCAGUCAGUUUUUCAUCACUGGCAGAUUGUGCCUGGCGAUCCACUCGAUAAAAGUAUCAUAAUUAGACCAUUAGAACCACAGCCUGCAACACAUUUAGCAAGAGAAUUUAUGAUAAAAACGAGAAGACGUAAAGGAUUGUCUGAGGAUGUAUCUAUCAAUAAAUUCUUUGACGAUCCUAUGUUGCUUGAACUGGCUAAACAGGAUGUGCUCUUGAAUGUGUAAAAUUAAUAAUCAACAAACUUCUCAACUGAAUAAAAAUAACGU